AUGAGUGAAUUAUAUUUAUUAGAUUAUGGUGCAGGUAAUGUUCGUAGUUUAGUGAAUGCUGUGAAUAGAUUAGGCUUUGAAAUUAAAUGGGUAAAAGAACCGACUGAUAUUUUAAAAGCUGACAAAUUAAUUUUUCCUGGAGUCGGAGCAUUUGGUAGUGCAAUGAAUUCGUUGGUGGCAAAACAAUAUGUGGAACCUUUAAAAAAAUAUAUCUCUUCAGGAAAACCAUUUAUGGGGAUAUGCGUUGCAUUACAAACAAUGUUUGAAGGUUCUGAAGAAAGCCCUGGUGUAUCAGGAUUGGGUAUUAUACCUGGAAUCGUAAAGAAAUUUGACAAGAAUGAUGAGAAAUCAGUGCCUCACAUGGGAUGGAAUGAGUAUGGAUCAGAGGUUUUCAUAAGUUCAAUUCAGAAAGAUAAUAUAUUUUGUACACAAUUUCAUCCAGAAAAAAGUGGCAAAGCUGGAUUAAAGAUAUUAAAAAGUUUUUUGGAAAAAGAUAUUAUUAGUUCUAUCAACAACAAAAACAACAAUUCCAAUAAAAAUUAUUCUGCAACUAAAAUAAACCCUGUCUUAUUAUCAAAAGACCAUUUCACAAAAAGAAUUAUUGCUUGCUUAGACGUUAGAACAAAUGAUCAAGGGGAUUUAGUUGUCACCAAAGGUGAUCAAUAUGAUGUAAGAGAAGAUAUUGAUAAUGACAACAAUGUUAUUGAUGUCAAUAAUAAUAUAAAAGUGACACGUAGAGUAAGAAAUCUUGGUAAGCCUGUUGACUUGGCACGUAGAUAUUUUGAAGAGGGUGCAGAUGAAAUCACCUUUUUAAAUAUAACAUCAUAUAGAAAUUUUCCAUUAUCAGAUUUACCAAUGUUGGAGAUUUUACGUAAAACAUCAGAAACAGUUUUUGUACCUUUAACAAUUGGUGGUGGGAUACGAGAUUUUAUUGAUCCUGAUGGAAAAUUUCAUUCAGCACUAGAUGUAGCUGGUGAAUACUUUAGGUCAGGUGCUGAUAAAGUAUCAAUUGGUAGUGAUGCUGUUUAUGCUGUAGAAAAAUACUUGAAGAAUGGGUGUAGUUUGGAUGGUAGUACAGCAAUUGAAUUGAUAUCAAAGGGUUAUGGAUCACAGGCAGUUGUGAUUUCAGUUGAUCCAAAAAAAGUUUAUGUCAAGAGCCCAGAAGAAACUCCACAUCAUGUGAUCAAAACAAAGUAUCCAGGUCCAAAUAAAGAAACAUGGUGUUGGUAUCAAUGUACAGUGAAAGGUGGUAGGGAAACAAGAGAUGUGGAUGUUUAUCAGUUAGUUACCAUUUGUGAGAUAAUGGGAGCAGGAGAAAUUUUGUUGAAUUGUAUUGAUAAGGAUGGUACAAACUCAGGUUAUGAUUUGGAAUUGAUAGAAGAUGUUAAAAAAAGUGUAAAGAUUCCUAUUAUUGCUUCAAGUGGAGCUGGUAAUGAAUCUCACUUCCUUGAAGUUUUUAAAUGCACUGGUGUUGAGGCAGCACUUGCUGCAGGAAUAUUUCAUCGUAAAGAGGUUCCUAUUGAAAAAGUCAAGAAAUUGUUAAAACAUAAUGAUAUCUUGAUUAGGAAUGUGGAUAAUGAAUGA